CGAUGCCUUCGAGGUCGUUACAAAAGGUAUAUACUUUAUUUACUAUUUUCCAUUUUGAAAUAGUUAGCCACGGUCCGAACCAAGGGAAAAACAGAUUUCAACACUGGUUAAUGUAAAUUUCUAGCAUCCGUUAGAUGGCCCUCGACGCGGACUUUUCACCUACGACACAUCCGACAUACUCACCACACUGGCCCAGGCUGUCAGCCAUUUGUAAUUGUUUGCAAAAGACGGACGUUCGUCUUGUUCGUGUGUCGCUGGACGGUUGUCAAAAUCUGGAGAAAAUUCCUGAUAAUUCGCUGGGGACGCGUUGGUAGGAGUUUGCUUUGAUAUGUCCAGUCGGCUGUCGUGAGUCCUGUGCCAAUUGCUCGCAUUUUCCGUGUCGUUGGGGCGAGUGAUUCCGCGAGUGACCAAGGAGUUUCCGCUCGUCGGUUGUGAUCUGCAGAGAAGUGCCAAGAAAAUUUCACAGUGCGUGCGUGUGUGUGUUCGUCAAUGCAAAGUGCGGCCGUCGAUGGAUUCCAAAUUCGGAGCCGUGAAUGGAGUGAGCAAGGCCGCAAGUUUGUCGGGUACCAGUGAAGUGGCAAAGUAAGUGCAAGGCGCGAGGAGAGAACCACUUGCUGCAGAAGACGUCAUUGAAGAAAUCGCGAAAAGAAGGGUUCCUGCCAGGGAAAGAACCCCAGACGUCAGUGCAAGGGCGCCCAGCGUCCGCUUGCCGAGCUCCUCGCGAGACGUCAACGUCGCUCGCUGACUCACUGUCGGUCGCCUGACAGACGCAAAGCUGGGGAUUCCCACCCCGCGCCUCCUGCUGGAACGCUAGCCUUCGACGGCGACAAUUUCUUGAAGUUAGAGACGUCAUUGAUUAUUUUUCAAGGCGCCUGAGAAACUGAAAAUUUCACUAAAAAUUCCACAUCACUUUGCGCUCGAUGUCUCGGGUUGAUGAAGCUGGCGGAGAGUACCACCCAAGAAUCUGAUCUGAUGAAUAUCCAACUUGUGUGCGGUUCAAGUCAUAAUCGUCGUCGACGUCGUCGCUGCACAUUGCUCUAGACUAGACGAAAUAAAUCUCUGGAAUUUGUUAAUUCUGCUGCCGUUGUUGUUUAUUGUUGUUGCUGCUCCUGCUGCUACGUCUUCACGCGCAGUAUGAUACCGCCGGGAAUCCGAGUGGUGCGAGGUCCUCAUUGGAUAUGGCAAAACCAAGACGAUGGGGAAGGUCAUGUGGGGACGGUUUGUGAGAUUGGACGUUUCGGCUCGACACAUUCGCCCGAGAAGACAGUCGUCGUGAAUUGGGACUCCGGACAUCGAACCAACUAUCGCGUAGGCUACCAAGGGCAGUAUGAUUUGAUAAUCGUUGAUAAUGCCCAAGUUGGUGUUCGACAUUCAAACGUGGUGUGUGAUGGUUGCUCGAAAGGUGGAAUAGCUGGAAUUGUUUUUCGUUGUGCUCAGUGCCCGAAUUACCAUUUGUGCGCCGCUUGCUACGGUGCUGACGUACACGAUACAGAACAUUCAUUCAUUAGAUAUACAACACCAAAUUCUAUUGGUGUUCGUGUUCCGCCCAGAAAAGGUUCAGCUCAGCUACGAUUAAAAGGCAUAUUUGUUGGUGCUAAAGUUGUCCGUGGACCCGAUUGGGAGUGGGGCCAACAGGAUGGAGGUGAAGGUAAAACUGGACGUGUUAUGGAAAUAAGAGGCUGGGACAACGAAUCGUGUCGAAGCGUUGCAAAUGUUUCAUGGGUAUCUGGUUCUACGAAUGUCUACAGACUUGGCCAUAAAGGCAAUGUCGAUUUGAAAUACGUCGUUCCUGCUUUUGGUGGAUACUAUUAUAAAGAUCACAUGCCUGUGUUAGGUCAACCUGAGGAGCAACAGCCAGUUGUUCCAACUGUCAGGCCAACGUUUUCUGUUGGCGAUCGUGUAAAAGUUUGCCUAGAAGUGGAUGCGUUGAUGAAAUUGCAACAAGGUCACGGUGGAUGGAAUCCACGAAUGAUUGAUCAUCUCGCGAAAUUGGGUACAGUUCAUCGGAUAACUGAGAAAGGAGAUGUUAGAGUACAAUAUGAAAAUUGUCCAAAUCGAUGGACAUUUCAUCCGGCCGCUUUAGUUAAAGUCUGUUCGUUUCGUGUGGGCGAUCUUGUGACUAUAAUCAAUGAUGCAGCUAAAGUUCAGCAAUUGCAAAAAGGUCACGGCGAAUGGGUGGAUACAAUGAAAAAUGCUCUAGGAAAACUCUGCAAAGUCAUCAAAGUCUACUCUGAUGGUGACCUUCGGAUUCAACAGUUGGACGACAGUGCUGAGUGGACUCUCAAUCCAAAAUGUGUCAAAUUGGAACGAUCACCCCUCGCUACGGCCGCUGAAAGGUCAAACAGUAUGAUGGAUUUAAGUCAUCAGCGCGCUGACCAUGUAAUGACCCCUCUAUCUGGACUGUCGGGCACUUCUCUGGCUGAUAAACUUGUACGAGAGGCAGCACAGGGGCACUUCGAAUACGUACAGCAAUACUUAGAUCAACAUCCCAAUCAGGUGGAUGUGAUGAGCGGCGGGAAAACCUGUUUGCAAGUUGCCGCUCAUCAAGGUCACGUUAAUAUAGUUCGUUACUUAUUAGAUUUAGGAGCAAAUGUUAAUGUAGUUGAUAAGGAAGGCGAUUCAACUUUACAUUACGCAGCUUUCGGGAAUCAACAGGAAACAAUGCGAAUUUUGCUACAGAAUGGGGCGGAUAUUAACUUUUUAAAUGCGAGCCAUUGUUCAGCUCUACAUAUCUGUGCGCAUAAGAAAACACCGCAUUGUGUGCGUGUGCUUCUCGAAUUUAGGGCCGACGUAAACAUACAGGACUCAUACGGAGAUACUGCGUUACAUGACGCAAUCGGAAAGGAGAACACUGAAGUUGUAGAGUUGCUGUGCAAUGCUCCUAACUUAGAUUUUACUGUGCGGAACAAACGAGGAUUCAACGUCCUUCAUCACGCGUCGCUGAAGGGUAAUGUGAUAGCAACAAAACGAAUUCUGCAACUUGCUCGGCAGUUAGUGAACGUUAAAAAGGAUGACGGAUUUUCCGCGCUUCAUUUGGCUGCUCUGAACGGGCAUGCAAAAGUCGUUGAGGUUCUGAUAAAUGAGGGCAGAGCUGAAAUAGAUAUUAGAAAUAAUCGUCGACAGACGCCGUUCUUGUUGGCCGUAUCACAAGGACAUCCGGCUGCAAUCGAGAAACUUGUCAGCUUGGGUUGUGAUAUUUCAGCAAAAGAUGAGGAAGGCGACAAUGCAAUGCAUUUAUGUGUCAUUAAGAAGACGAAUUUAAUUCAGGCUGCCGCGCCUACUGAUGCUCCUGAGAUUCAAGAAAUUUACAAUAGUUUGCAUGCAGUAACAGAAUAUCGCAUGAUGUACGCUAUUUUAUGUUAUCUCAUGAAAAAAGGCUGUCCGAUUGAGGCAAACAACAAGGGGGCAAAGAUUACCGAUUGGAUAACAGACAGAGAAUUAUUAGAUACCAUCAUUGGUUACCAACAAAACGGAUCACUUGAUGGAAGCGGCACAUUACAAUUAGAGUCCGGCACAGGUGCUGAAAUCACGAGAAAUGUUAUCGACAAUAUCCAAUCAUUGAAUUUGAACGAAAGUGCAGAUGCAAGCAGCAGCAAUAAUACAAGUAUGACUGAAAUAGGUGAGGCGAAUUCAUCGGGAUCAAACGCCCCUGCUCCAGCUCAGCGCAGCCGCCUAAAUAGUCGUGGAGAUGCGGCUACUCCUCCGCUUUCUCAGAUCGCUAACAGCAACCAUAACUGUGACGACGCGAAUCAACCAAACGCCCUCCCGGCUGUGCCAAAGAAGAUCAAUAUAGAUUCCAAUCGAAUGCAAAUGACCUCCCCAAUAACCCACUCAUCGCAAUAUGUUGAAAUGGUGGCGAAUAAAAACAAAAGCGGAGCUGCAGGCAACGACAGUUUGCCAUCCACUGCCUCGCGUCACGUCAGCCGGAAGCAACUGAACAACGUGAACAGUGGAACGCCCAUUGCCAAACCGCUAGCAAUCAAUAUGCAACCGCAAGAAUGCAUAGUUUGCAAUGAAGUCCUUCACCUUAUCACAUUUGAGCCGUGCCAACACCAAAUUUCAUGCGAAGAAUGCGGUGUACGCAUGAAGAAAUGCCUGUCGUGUGGCGUCCCGAUCGAACGCCGAUACGGCAUCAAUGGGCGUAUCGUAAGCAAUAAGGAACAAAAUCGGCUACCGUCGGCCGACCGUCUGCGAUAUUUAGAGAAUAAAGUUCAAGAGUACGAGGAGACUCACUACUGUAGUAUAUGCAUGGAACGUACAAGAGACGUGGCAUUUUUGUGCGGCCACGGGUCCUGUUCCCAAUGCGCCGAAACCUUACGUACCUGCCACAUGUGUAGGAAAACAAUCGCGAAAAAGAUAAACUUAUAUUAAAGUGGGACACUAUUAUGUAUGUAUAUAUAUUUUGACGUGUGACGUAUGUUUCGUUUUCACAAGUCGUGGAUGUAAAGCAUUUGGAAAGCUUACCAUUGAAAUAGCAAGAGCUGCUGCGUUUUUGCUGGCUUUAAUGCCCAAUACAGAUCGUAGUUGCCACAUCCUUUCGAUAAGCCAAACGACAUUGCAAGACGAUGGCACUAAAUUUCCGUAAACACAAACUAAAAUUGAGACUGAAAACAGCAUGAACGGUGUUUCUCGUUUUAUUUCCCACGAAAUUCACAGAUUUCUGGUUUUAAGAAUUGAACGGAGUUAUUUUGUUCCUACUAAGCAUUCCGAACGCUGUACUUUCACGACCGUUAUGUAUCUUAACAAUUCGAAAAAAUCCAUUUAGACUUUUUAUUUAAAACUAUUCGUUUUUACUAUUAUGUUAUUAUUAAUUUUCAGUAUUUAUAUCUUUCCCUAAUUGUUAAUAGUUAUUUUAAUCAUUAUUGUAUUCAUUGGUUCGAUUCAAUUGUCAUUAUAUCCUCAUUUAGGCAUUUAUGAAAUUUGUCAGUCACAUUAUACACAUUUCUCUGAGACUUACGAGAAAAGAUGUCUCGAAACUAUUUUUUUCCAAGUUAAGUGAAAAUGGAUUAACGAAAGCAAUGAUUAUGAAAUCUUGUAGCGAAACGCAACGUAACGUUUUGUCGACGAUUUAGGAAUACUAUGACAAGAGAGAACUAAUACUGAAAUUUCAAUUGUAAUGUUGCAGAUUAUGGUGUUUACAUUAAAUGUUUUGGUUAAUUCUA